AUGCCGAACGUCGUAGACGUUCGGGCCUCCCGCAGGGCGGCGGCGGCGAGACGCUCCGCUCCCCCGACGCCCCGCUUCGACCGGAUCCCGCGACCGUCGGCCUCGAAGAUGCAGAGCGAAUCGGCCAGGCUGCUGUCGUUCUCCAAGGGGUGGCCCCGGUCGUCCCCCGUGCGGCCCGCGGACUUGGCGCGGGCCGGACUCUACCGCAUGGGCUUCAGCGACCUGGUGGCCUGCUUCCGCUGCGGCGGGACGAUGCAUCACUGGGAGGAGGGGGACGACCCCGCUCGGGAGCACGCCAGGCACUUCCCCGCCUGCGCUCGCGCGGCCCCGUUGCCGCAGGCCACUCAGGAUGGCCCCGACUCCGCACUGUGUCCAGAGAUGCGUUCGUUCGGGGCGCGAAUCAGAUCUUUCGCGAGCUGGCCGUACACCGCCAAUGUGUCCCCGCAUGAGCUGGCCUACGCAGGCUUCUACUAUUCCGGUCACGGAGAUCUUGUGAGGUGCUUCAGCUGCGACGGUCAUCUACAAGAGUGGGCGCUGGGAGACAGCGCUUGGCAUGAGCACGCAAAGUGGUUUCCCAGCUGCGCGUUUGUUGGACGACAGAAGGGGGAAGCUUUCGUCCGCGGGUCGAUGCGGCCGCCGGCUCCGCUACCGGGACAGACGCCGCAGAGUACAACCGCGGAGAUUGAGCACGCAGCGCCAUCGACUGAGGAGCUUCUGGACAAGCUGGAAGAGCGGCUGUCCUGCAAGGUGUGCAUGGAGCGCGAGGUGUCCACGAUGUUCGUGCCGUGCGGACACGUGGCCACGUGCGGCCACUGCGCCCUCUCCCUGAGCCGGUGUCCUGUGUGCCGCGUCGCCGUGCAGACGUCGCUCCGGGCCUUCAUGGUUUAGGCGGACGGCCGGGCGAAGGAGGAGGAGAGAGAAACGACCGCCGGGGAUCCCGACCGCCCGUGGCUUCGACCGUUGGGGCGAGUUCGUUGAUUCACCCAUCCCCUCUCCCGUACCGAGGCAUAAGCCGGUCGCUGGCGAGCGUUCGGCGUUCGUUUUUUCCGCACAGGGAGGCACGGGGAGGGCAAUUUCACUUGGCCACCGGCCUCCACCCAUAGAGCAGCCUUUUUUUUGGGGGGUUUCCGGAAUGUAAAAGGGUUCAUUGAUAAUUAUCAGUGUGGUGGUUUUGAAGGCGUACGAUGUCAGACUUGGAAAGUGAAGGAAGUAAAGUUUUAAGACUGUUCUGUAAUCUUUACUUUAACCGGAUGGUACGCAUAGGUUACACACGUUAACAGUUUCUACAUUUGGGAGCUAUUACAUUUAGAACUCUGUGGAGCGCUUAUUGCAACGGGUGGAAGGGUCAAAGAUUGCGGUGAUUUUAAGGCGUACUUACAUGUGUGAGUUAUUACAUUUAUAACUCUGUGGGACAAUGCAAUGGGUGGCAUGGGAAAGCGUUAA